AUGAUGAAGUUCAAGCUGUAUAUCGUUUCUAUAUUUAUCUUCCUAUUCGGUCAACCGUUGAUUAUUGCCCUUGAUCUGUUUGAUCCAUAUGAAGACAAUGAUAGAUGUACACCAUCAAUGUCCGUGUGCUCUUUCGAAUUGCAUGCAACUACAGACAUGACAAUGUUUUACAAAAACCUAUUUCGCGUCGUUGCAACGGACAAUGGAACAUUGCAUCAUUAUGCUUAUCCAAAUCAAACGUUCUCGAUGGAUGAAAUUAUUACAGGCGAUGGUUAUCCGAAACUUGUUUAUGUGUUCAAUCAUUCUCUUCCAGGACCUGUUUUACAUGUAUAUCAGAAUCAACGAGUUCAAAUGCGAAUUUUUAAUGAUUUCACUUCUGAAUCACUGAGUGUGCAUUUUCAUGGUAUACGGCAGGUCAAUACUCCACAAAGUGAUGGAAUCGGACGUCUAACACAGCUAUCAAUUUUACCAGGAUCCAGUUUUCUACAUGAAUUCACUGCAGUGGAUCCAGGCACUUUCUGGUAUCAUUCACAUGUUCAUUCACAAACAGCAAUGGGUCUCAUGGGUGCUUUUAUUGUUCAUCCACAAUCAGCAUCUGUUAACGACGUACAAGGAGAAUUUGUUCUUCUUUUACAUGAUUGGCAACAUUUUUACAGCAGUGAACAACAUUAUUUGCUCAUAGAAAGUGGCCAGUUUUAUCCGAAUGACCUUGAAUCAAUAACAAAAUCUAAUACAAUCGAUUAUUUUCAAGCUGUUGAUAAUUCCAGAGCUGCCGAAGCUCUCGUUACUUCCUUACUAAUUAAUGGUCGUGGACGAUACAUCGAUCUCCGUAACAGCACCAAAGGCUCCAGUACAACACCAUUCGAAUGCUUAAAAGUAACUUCUGCACAAAACAAUCCGAGUUAUCGUCUUCGUCUAAUCAACGGUGGCAGUGUUUUCUCAUUAAAAUUUUCCAUCGAUCAGCAUCCAUUACAAGUUAUUUCAUCCGAUGGUGUUCCAUUUGCACAACCAUUGAUCGUUGAUCAACUAAUCAUUGGUCUUGGUGAGCGUUACGAUGUCAUCAUCGAUAGUCUGACAACGAUUAACACCUCAAUAAAUUAUUGGAUCCGCGUUGAUACGAUGGAUAAGAAUAAUAACACUAAAUGGCAUGGUUUAGCUAUUUUACAAUAUGCAUCUACGAAUGCAUUGCCGACGAGUGAACGAAAAAACUGCACAGCAACAAACCCUUGCCGAAUUUUAAAUUGUCCUUUCACACAAUAUGGUCCAAAUGGAACUGACCAGACAAAUCCAUUUAUUUGUUUAACCCCAUUGAAUAUGACUACACAUGAUGAUUAUCUCGAUCAUGAGUUGCUCGAGGAAAACUUACCGAUAAAUAUCAAGCACACACUAGCAUUGACAAUGGUUGAAAGUCAUGACGGUCAAGCUGGUUAUGAGUCAUUUAAUUUCAUCGGCUUGAAAUAUCCAACCAUGUCCCAACCGGUUCUUUACAAUCCUCGACUAGCUCGAGAACUACUUCCAUGCUCCAAUCGAUCGUUGGAUGAAAAUUCAGGUGAAAAAUGUUAUCAUACAAUUGUUACGAAAUAUAACGAUACGGUAGAAAUACUUCUUGUUAAUCAUGAUGACGAUCAACAUCCAAUUCAUUUACAUGGCUCUUGUUUUCAUGUUGUUCAACAAGGAUUAGCUCAAUUGAAUAUGACAACUGGAGAAUUUCUUGCUAAUAAUCCUGAUGUCAUAUGCGAUGAACAUGCUGUGUGCAUUUGUAAUCAAACGACGAGUUCAAAUUGUACGAAAAAUAAUAUGCGUUUAGUUAAAGAUACGAUACAAUUACCACGAGGAGGAUAUAUCAGAAUACGGUUUCGAGCGAUUAAUCCGGGCGUUUGGCUUCUUCAUUGUCAUACUGAGCCGCAUCUUGAUCGAGGUAUGGCCAUCGUAUUUCAUAUUGCAGAAGAUCGACUACCACCGAUCAGAUUUUGA